AUGUCUAGAAAAACCUGUUUUUUCAAAGUUUUAUCAGUAUUUUUGGACGUAAUUUCUGUGUAUAUCUAAAGCGUGUUAUUGUGUGCAACGAAUGGCGACUAUAUUUAAAAAGUGGUUUCAAAAUCGGGUAAUCAGUCGCGUCUUUACCGCCGCAGCCGUCAGUGUCCGCCACUCUGGAAGCGGUCCGUCAUUCCCGCAGUUUGUGAACCUUCCGCCUCACUAUCCCAUCAACGGUUUGGGCGCAACACAUGAGACACGCGUUGUCCGCAAGAGACAGAUCGUGGACCCAAACGUGCCGUCAUUUGUCAAACCGGAAUCACUUAAGUGGUCUGAUUGGCGAAUGUUAAGGGACUGUCGCCGCCGAUACAUCUUCGCCCGCUAUCACCCCAACCGCACGUUUCUCUAUACCAUUCGUCGCUGCAAACUAUUGCCAUCCAAUAUCAGGGACGUGGCCCUCGAAGAGGACCGCGCGUUCCCGAAGGACGCCCACAUCGAUCACCUCAACAAUCGGUGUAUCAUCAGUUCGCGCGCGAGAGGAAACUUCAAGCGAUAUAAGAUUAGUCGACACAUGUGGAGAGGUUUAGCCGAUUAUAACCAACUGUCGGGAGUGGCCAAAGCCUGCUGGUGACCACCCGCUGCUCAACUGUUUUCGCUAAUCAUUUAAAUAAUAGUCGCCGUGUUUUUAGUCAGUUUAUCGAUUAGUCAUUUUUCUUAUAGAAAAAGUCUGUAGUUUUUGUUUAAAUAAUAAUAAUAGAC